AUGGGUGAGAAGGAGAUGACUACUAUGGUCCAGGACCUUAUUUUAGAGCCUUUUGAAUCCUUCGCCCAACUGUCCAUAAAAUUGGGCCUAGUCUUGGUGCCAGGGCAGCGCUGGAUUGGCUCCUCCCAACCUUUCACACAAGGGACUUUUAUCCGCAUCAAGAGAGAAUGGUUAGAACAACAAACCGACAAUUCGCCUUCGCCAACCAUAUUUUGGGCCGACUCAGAGAAGACCUUUGGCUUGAAGAUUUCAGCCCGUGCAAAGAACAGAGAGUUCUCAGGUAUGGACAUCAACGAUGACGGCUCUGUCGCUUAUGAAUUAGUGCUGGAAGAGAUUUACGUUCUCGCAAUACGGUUGCUGGCCACCAUCGAAAACGCUGAAAGAGCUCAGCAUAGCAAGGAUAUAAUCCAUCUUCUCGCGCUCAGCCAAUAA